CCAGAAGCCCAUUGAAUAGUGCAGAGGAAACCCUGUACCAAACGGCAGCCAUCUUGGAAACACAGAUCAGCCAGGAGGAGAACCUGCAAACCUCUUCUGAACAGCUCCAGAAGUCUAAGAUAGAAAAUUAUAUUCCUGAGCCACGAUGGCCACUGCACCAUAUAACUACUCCUACAUUUUCAAAUACAUCAUAAUCGGGGACAUGGGUGUAGGAAAGUCCUGUUUGCUUCACCAGUUCACAGAAAAGAAAUUUAUGGCAGACUGUCCUCACACAAUUGGGGUGGAGUUUGGAACGAGGAUAAUCGAGGUGAGCGGGCAGAAGAUCAAGCUGCAGAUUUGGGACACAGCAGGACAGGAGCGCUUCAGGGCCGUCACCCGCUCCUACUAUCGUGGAGCUGCAGGAGCACUUAUGGUCUACGACAUCACUAGGAGAAGCACUUACAACCACCUCAGCAGCUGGCUGACGGAUGCCAGAAACCUCACCAACCCCAAUACCGUGAUCAUUCUCAUAGGAAACAAGGCAGACUUGGAAGCCCAGAGAGACGUCACGUAUGAGGAGGCAAAGCAGUUUGCAGAGGAGAACGGUUUGUUGUUCCUGGAGGCCAGUGCAAAAACAGGUGAAAACGUCGAGGAUGCGUUCCUUGAAGCUGCUAAAAAAAUUUACCAGAAUAUCCAAGAUGGCAGCCUGGACCUGAACGCUGCUGAGUCAGGGGUCCAGCACAAGCCAUCAGCGCCACAAGGUGGUCGGCUAACCAGCGAACCACAGCCCCAGAGGGAAGGUUGCGGCUGCUAAUGACCAAGCAAAAGGCCGCUGUGCCCUCUUCUUCUCCUAUCUGUUCUGCCUGCCCUCUCUUCAAACAACUCCUUCAUUCAUUCCGAGACCUUCUUUCGUUCAUCCUUCACUGCACCAGGGCGGAGUUGACAGUGGAAAGGAAGAGCGGUGGGGAAUCUCGACUGAGCUGGACAGCGUGGACUACAUCUCCUCCUCCCUGUCUCAACCCUCUUAAGACUUUCAGUGUAUUCUGUCUCAUAACUGUCCUCCCUCUCUCACUCAGUCCCCUCUCCCCUCAUCAGUAGUAUCAUAGAUAAGCACCAUGAAUUACGCUGGUCACUGACACUUUAGAUAGAUGUAUUGUUCAAACAAUAACAAAGCAAGACUGUUUUUUAUGUUUGGUUUUAUAGCUACAUAUGAAAUGUAAAUACUGCAUCAAGUUUCAUCCACCACAUGUCCUUUUUUUGUAUAAAUCUAAAUUAUAAUCCCAAACUCCUCUCUAUCAUGAUUCCAUCGUUUUAGGAAGAAAUGCAGAUGAGAUAUUGUGUGUGAGGGCAGAAGGUAAUGACGUGACACACAGCCACGCGGGUUCAGGCUCUUCACCGUGUGUCCAAGAAUGUAGUAGUGAGCUCUUUUUUCCAGCAGGAUCUGAACCUGCUAGUGGCUUUUAAUUCUGUUUUUUGCUGCUUGGCACAAAAGUAAAUAUCCUUUGUGAGAAGUGAUGAACUCAGGUAAUCCCAUACAGAUGUUAGGAAUGACUCGUUAAACACCGCCUGGGUGAUUCCUGAGUCCCUGCUGAGGCGUUGGAGUUUUGGUCUGUGUGUUACAAAGAUGGAUGGAUGAAUGGUUAUUUAGACAGUUAAAAUGUCACUUUAACAAAAAUGAAAUCUGGUUUCAUUUGCAUCUGUGUGCUUAGCACCAGCUCUUCUGCAUGGAUCACCCCACCCCCGAUCAUAUCAACAUGUUUGUACCAGCAUCUCUGUCAUCGUUUGUUGCCUUAUUAUGAAUACUUUAGUCUUUGUUUUGCUGUACUUGCUCUUCACUGUUGUUGAGAUUACCCUAAUUGGAUAAAAAGUUGCUCUUAACCCUCUCAGGUUCAAAAUAAGUUUUGAUAAAAGGACGAACAACAAAGUCCUUCAGGGGUACUUCUGGGUUAAAAAAUGCUCAUGAGAUACGUAUGUGGAGUAACCAGGUAGGUAGGUUUUAACUUGCAAAUCUGCAACGCCUGCCUCCUGAGGGUUAAUGUUAUUUAUAAAAAAAUCUGAAAUGACGAAGUGUACUCGGCAUGAUUAGGUGUUAAAAAACAAAACGCAUCUAGCUCCUAUCUUAACGAAGCUGCACUGAAGAGCUGAUGGUUGUUCAUUUGGAUCAUUGUUGCUCUGCCUUGUGACGCAAAGCAGUAUGUCCCUCAUCUUAGAAACAUGAAGUUGUGCUAAUCAAAAUCUUUGAAUUUCCUUUCAAGUACGACUUUUCUGUAACAUAGCGGCCACCCUCCCGACUGCUGUAUAUAUUGCUUUCCUGCUGGUGACGACCUCGUUACUGUACUUCCGGUUUAAAACUUAUUUGGUGGCUCUGCUGAGAUCUUGUACAGUUUGUGUGCUUGUGGGUUGCCUGUAAUUCAUGCUUGGAAAAUUGUGUAACAUAGUUUCUAAUAAUUGUAAAGGACAGACACAUAGAAAGCCCUCACUCCCCCAACCACCUUGUCUGCACACUACUGAACUUGCUUGUCAAGGAGCAAGGAGGUGGAAUGAGAUGAUGUCAUGCAAGCCAGUACUUACGUCUGCAAAUUUUGUCUCAUCUUAUUUCCGUAAAGAGUGAAGAACAGAGCACAUUCAUGUUUAUAUUUUUCUUUUUUCCACCCAACCAUGGUUCACCUGUUCGGGAGGAGCCGUCAUUGCAAUCUUAACUUUUUUGGGGGGGGGGUAUUUGUUUUUGUGGGACGGCUGAGCUUCCCUCUGUGUUCCUCUUCAGUACAAUUUUGAGUGAAAAUACGUAAAUAUGUAUACAUUUUUAAGGAGCUGCGCUAACAUUUAAAUGCGUUCUUACGUGUAUAUGAUUUUAAAAUGUUGACAUUUUGAUUUUAAUGAUAAAAUACUCUAGUCAGAAAAAAAUAAAUUAUACAUAACCUGAA